UCGUCAUAUGGGACUGUCGAUGGUGAGAAGUCGACCAUUGGGGAUGUGAGUUCGGGCUCGUCGCGUGGUGUGAGGGGCGCGUUGCCCAUGAUCGUGUCUUGGUUGCUCAUGGUGGCUGUUUCCCGGUUGCAGAUGGUUAUGCGACGCGUAAUUCUAGGAGGGAAGGUGUUGCGCUCCGAGGCUUGUCGAGUUGAUGAUAUGCGUCCCUCAGGCUGUCGCGAUGGUGGAGUUGAUGCAUCGUCAUGACUAAGCCGGAAUCCCCCCAGCACCUCCGCGGUCGCGACGUUCCCAACUUUUGCCUGUCAAACCCAAACGACCCGAUCCGCGCAUCUUAGACGACUACCCGAAUUCCGUACAUAUCGCAGUCAUGGCCGACAAACUACGCGCACAGCAACAACUCGAAGCCCUCCAAGCUCGCUACAUCGGUAUCGGGAGCGCAGACACUACCAAGCACGAAUGGACAUCGAACAUUGCGCGCGACUCGCUUUCGAGCUAUGUCGGCCAUCCGCCUCUUCUGCAGUACAUGAGCAUCGGCCUGGGACAGCCGCGCGAAAAGACUAGACUGCAGUUGCUCGAGCGCAUGGUCAGGCCAGUUGGGCCGCCGCCUGAGCAACAAGACUGAAGAGGAUACUUCGGAUCCAAACAAUAGGGUUGAUUACAACGACAUGCAGAAACGAGAAUCCAAAGCAACAGUCGCUCUCCAUCCAGAUGGCACAGACAUGCGCGAGGCCGGCUCGUGGGCAGCGAGGAACAGAUGGGUACAUGCUGCUUGUCUAUGGCUGUCAAAGCCAAUA